AAAUAUGCAAAAUGUACCUGCAAGCAUCCCAGGAUUAGAAAAUGUAUUGAGAGUUUGUGAUCUUCCAUCUUAUUUCACAUUGUUGACAGAUAAGACCCUCAAUAGAGACUUUUACAUCGUAGAAACCUUAGCCAUGAUUCAAGCUUCAGCUCUAAUACUCAAUACCUUUGAACAAUUAGAACCCUCCGUUAUCACUAAGCUUGCUUCUAUAUUUCCCAAAGUCUAUUCUAUUGGUCCUCUUCACACUCUCUACAAGACCAUAUUCACGGCUAAUAGUUCAUCACUGAAAAAAAAUGGUCGUAUAAGAAAGGAAGACAAAAGCUGCAUUACAUGGUUGGACCAUCAAAAGGCAAAGUCAGUUUUGUAUGUUAGUUUUGGCACUGUGGUAAAGCCAUCAGUUGAGCAACUAUUGGAGUUUUGGCAUGGUUUGGUAAAUAGCAUGGAGCCUUUCUUGUGGGCUAUCCAAAAGGAGUUGAUCGAUGGUAUAGGUAACCAUGUACCUUUAGAGCUUGAGAUUGGGACUAAAGAAAGAGGUUUUAUGGUGUAUUGGGCUCCUCAAGAAGAGGUUUUGGCCCACCCUGCAGUGGGUGGAUUUUUGACUCAUAGUGGUUGGAAUUCUACUUUGGAAUGUAUUACUGAAGGAGUGCCUAUGCUUUGUUGGCCAUUGAUAGCUGAUCAAAUGGUUAACAGUAGGUGUGUGAGUGAACGGUGGAGGAUUGGGUUCAAUAUGAAUGGGACAUGUGAUAGGUUGAUUAUUGAAAAGAUGGUGAGAGAUAUAAUGGAGAAUCAAAUGGAAAAGCUCAUGAAAUCAACAAAAGAGAUUGCAAAAAAAGCUCGUGAUAGUAUUAAAGAGAAUGGUUCAUCUUAUCAUAAUUUAGAGAAUCUGAUCAAGGACAUUGUUGCAAGUGUGCCAACAACAGCUACGAUGUAGAGUAGUUUCUUUUAUAAUUUUUAGGAAUUUGUUUUGCU